CUUAAAUAUAAAUUUUGUUUAACAGCCAUACUCUGAUUUUAUAUUUCAUUUUAAUUUAACUUUGCUGAAGUUUAAUUAUUAAACAUGGCAACAUUUUCUGUGGGUUUUGUUGCUGAAGGCCAUGUUGUGGAUAAAGAAUAUUGUUGUUCAAUCUGCCAAGAUCAUAAUAAGGAGAUAAAUGCAGUAUUUUACUGUAAAAAAUGCAAUACAUUUUACUGUGGACAGUGUAUUAAGUAUCACAGAAAUCAUGGUCUGUGGUUUAAUAAACAAUCUCCUUAUGGAAAGGAUGAAAUAAUGAAGUGGCCACUUUCUAAGAAAAUGGAGCAUUAUCUUAGAACAUGUGAUAUUCACAAAGAUGAACAAUUAACUAAAUUCUGCAAGGACCACAGUCGGCUGUGCUGCUCUAAAUGUGUUGAUCACAGGCAGUGCAAUCAAUUGAAAGUUCUUUCUGAAGUCAAAAUGCAGUCAUCAGAUUUAAAGAAAUUGUCAGUGAGAGUUUCAAAUACUCUUUCAAGACUAAAGAAGCUCCAGAGGUAUAGGGAGGACAGCAGGAAGGCUAUGCGGAGCUCCUAUGCUGAAUUUGAGCGAAACAAGGUGAAGAAAAUGCGACUGAAUGUACAAUCUUUCUUAGUCCAAUGUGAAGACACCUCCAUGAAUGAAACAUUUGAAACUGUGGAAUAUACAUUAGAUGAAAUUCGUCAGAAAGUAAAUUUAUUAUUAACAGAAUUUGAAAAUGGCUCUAUUAAGGAACAGAAAGAAGAGCUGAAACUUAAACAAGCUCCUCUCAUCAGUGUGAUCAAAACCUGCAUCAGACAUCAUGGUGAAUUGUUACCACUCCAUGAAGCCAUGCAGAAAGUGAAGUAUCAACCAGAACUCUCCUUAAUAGCCCAUUACAAAUGUCUGGACAAAAUACAACAGUGUGAGAUAUAUAUGAAUGAGAACUUUUCAGACGAGUUGUUCUCUGUGAAAGGGGUGUCUAAGUACAAAGUGAGAAUAUUUAGGGAUUCAGAUAUAUGCUGGAUCAAUGCAGUAUGUGCUCUCCCAGAUGGGCAAGUCUUGGUUGCAGACUGGCAGAAUGACAAAGUCAAGCUGCUGAACCAGCAGUACCAGGUGGUGAGUCACUGGGGUGUGAAUGCCAAGCCAUGGGACAUGUGUCUCAUCACACCCAGUGAGGCUGCGGUGGCUUUGCGUGAUCAUGGGGUCCAGUUUAUCACUGUCACCCAGAGCAAGCUAGUUCCUGGCAGGAGGCUUCAGUUACAACAUGACUGUCAUGGUAUUGCCCACUACGAGGGAGACUUGUUCAUGUGCUCUAAUACUGCCCUGUACAAGUACUCACUGAGUGGGACACUGGUCUGCAGACUGUAUGAAGAUACAUCAGCUUCUGUCACAGUAAGGAAGUGUGCUGUGAGUCCCACAGGAGACAGGCUGUACAUCACCAGCCCUGACCAGCAAAAGCUUCUCACCCUGGCCAGGGAUGGCACACUCCUGGCUACAUACACAGACCCAGCACUACGUGGCCCAGAUGGUCUACAUGUGACCCCUGCAGGCCAGGUGCUGGUCUGUGGAUACCUGUCCCCCUACACUGUACUACAGGUGGGCUGGGAGGGAGAGAGUAAGCUGGCUACUCUUGCUACUCAGGAGGAUGGAGUGAGGUGGCCACAGUCAUUCUGCUACAGCAGCUCCUCAUCAUCCAUCAUUGUGGGACAGGCUGAGGACGACAACAUCUUGGUGUUCAGAGUGGAAUAGUGUGUACAUUUGCUGCUGGGUUGGGACAACGAUGCUGAGGAUGUGGGGGACAAGCAUGACGCAGAAGGAGAGCACCAGCAUUGAUAUCGAGUUGGCCAAGCAACAGCACAAGUCCGGCCUGCAGGAGCCCCAAUACAGAACCAUCCUUUCCCUCCCCUGAUCCCUAGCUCCUCCCACUGGACCUCUGGCCACAAAGGGUCAGCAUCGUUACACAAGUCUGCUCUGCAAUAAAUCCUCAGCACGUCAAGUUUUCACGCGCUGUUAUGAACAACCAAAA